CUCUCUCCCAGGUCUAUUAUUCUGACUUCAACCCAUAUCAGCCCCUAACCAGCCCAAAGAGUGACCCGUCCAAUCAGAGCCUCAUUUGGCCCGACAAACCGGACAUCAGUGCGGUGGCCAAAGCCUGGGGGGACAGUCCGUAUCUGUUCAUAGUAAAAGUGCAGCCUUUGUCUCGUGGAGUUGACGAUGAAGACACUGGCGCCGAGCAGCCCAACUUUGCGUUCACAAUGAAAGUUGAGAUGAAGGGACCACAUGACUUCUCCUCUCCGGCAGACUGGCCCCUCAUGAUGUUCUUCAUGAUCAUGUGCAUUGUGUACGUCCUGUUCGGGGCUGUUUGGCUCUUCUGGUGCGCCUGCUACUGGAGGGAUCUGUUGCGGAUUCAGUUCUGGAUUGGCGCCGUCAUCAUCCUCGGGAUGCUCGAGAAAGCUGUGUUUUACUCUGAGUACCAGAGCAUCCGUUACAAAGGAGACUAUGUUCAAGGUGCUGUGAUCUUUGCGGAGCUGCUCUCUGCACUCAAGAGAUCUUUAGCUCGAAUCCUGGUUCUCAUUGUCAGUCUCGGGUAUGGGAUAGUCAAGCCCAGGUUGGGGACCACAGUUCACCGGCUGGCAGCUGUUGGGCUUCUUUACCUGCUUUUCUCCUCUGUGGAGGGAGUGCUGAGAGUGACGGGCGGUUUCUACGGGACGGUUGCCCUGGUUGCUAAUCUCAGCCUCUCCCUCAUUGACUCCUGUGUCAUGUGGUGGAUUUUCAUCAGUCUGUCCCAAACCACUCGUCUCUUGAAGCUCCGCAGGAACGUAGUGAAGCUGUCUUUGUAUCAGCACUUCACCAACACUCUCAUCUUUUCUGUUGUGGCUUCUAUCAUCUUCAUCAUCUGGACCACCAAAGUCUUCAAGCUGGUAGACUGCCAGACGGGCUGGAGAGACUUGUGGGUGGACGAUGCCUUCUGGCGUCUCCUGUUCUCCACCAUUCUGCUGGUCAUCAUGGUGCUGCUGCGGCCGUCUGCCAACAGUCAGAGGUUCUCUCACUCCCCUUUGAUUGAUGAAGACGAUGAAGAGGAGGAGGCCAAGGAGCCCAUGCUGAAUGAAGCUUUUGAGGGAAUGAAGAUGAGGGGCUCAAAGCCUGACAGUAAUGGCUCUCAGAAGCUGUUGAGUAAAGAGGAUGAGGACCUUAAAUGGGUCGAGGAGAACAUUCCUACUACUGUUGCCGAUGUAGCUCUUCCUGUAAUGCUAGACGAGGAAGAGGAAAUCCUGAAAACGAAGAUGGAGAGAUCCAAAAUGGAGUAGAAAUAAAUGUAAGAGUGAAAAGAUAACAAAUUCACUGAGGCAGCAAUGAAUGCAUUCUGAGUGAUCUGAUUACCAAAACAAAUGUGGGCAAAACCAACCGUUCUGUCCAGACACUUUUUAACUUUUCAUUUUGUAAUUUGACAGAUAUUGUGUAACAUGUUAAUAAGCUGAAAGAAGCAUGUGUUAUAUUAAGGUGGUUAUGGUGAAACCCUGAGUUGUCUGGGUUGGCUGCUGUUGAUCGGUAUUGUAUUGAUGUUUGUUUCAGUUGAGCAGAACCUGGGCAGUUUCUUAAGAACUGGGAUGAGAACGAAAACAAAAGGUUUUACCUCCCGCUUAAAAUUAAAAAAGUGACCCUGAAAUCCAGUGGGGGAAAUUUGUAGAAAUUGUGAAUCUGUUCAGGUAGGAAUCAAAAGCAAGAAAUCAGUCACUGGUAUGAAUGGAGGGGAAAACACCAAGUUAUUUUACACAGUAAAAGAUUAUAUUAAAUUAUAUAACACAACGUCGUUUGAAAUCUAUAUUCAGAGAAGUGCUGUGCCAUAACCUUACUGUCAAUGAUAAUUCCAUUUUCAGCAAAUCUUACUACAUAUUUAAUAGGUCACUUGAUAUGAUGACACAUAUGCAUUAUUUAAAUGAGCAACUAUAUGGUAUGAUUAACCAGUUAGCCAAGAGGAGAAAUGAUUUAUGCUUCUGUCCUGCCAUUAAACAUUUCCUGAUUUCUAAUAGCUGAACCAGUAAAUGAUAAAUGUGUCAUUGUUAACACACAACUAGUACUUUGUUGUCCAUCUCUAUUUGUUACUUUAUAUGAACGUAACUGCACCAGUGAAUAUUAUAUCCCAGCUAUCAAGGGAAAAUGUUACUGGAAUACACUACUGGGUUAGUGUAACGACACAACAAACUCAAAGUGAAGUAUGUACACUAUUAUAAACUUCAAUUGUCCAUUUCAUAGAAUAGUUCACCAGAUCACCUCGUUACACAGAGUAGACCAGGCAAGUGAUUGUGUGAUUUCUUUUCAAGCUGGUUUUCACAUGUAAGUCGUCAUGAGAUUAGAGUUAAUAUGUUUGAAUUUAGUUUAAAAGGUAAAAUUUUGUAUCUUAACAGCUAUUGGAUUCAGGUCCGCUUCAUGUAAACAUUGUUUUUUCUUUUAGUUACUGAGUCUGAGAAUCCUUUCAUGAGCUUUGUGUAUGUGGUGUGGGCCUAAAUUCAAAUAUACAUGUCACUAACAAUAUGUAAGUAAUCCUUUACCACUCACCUUUCACUAACUGGGCCAGAGUUUUAUUUAGGUCUUCACCCAAACUCAGUGGUGCAGGGUAGUUUAAAAAAGAAUUGUGUAUAUGAUGAAUUCAUAUUAUUAAUUUCACCACAAAUACAGAUUCCUUUUAAACAAUCCCAUUCACACUGCAAAAUGAUCUUCCACCUUAUGUGGCAGAAUCAUAUCCCCGUCCCAGUCUACUGCAGUAUGUGUGGAUAUUCUAAAUUCCUUAAUGCUAUAUGUUUUCUUUUUAUAUAUUUGUUCAAGUCUUGUUGAGGAUAUUUAUUUUAGAGAGAUGCUGAAGCCCAAUUGUUGGAUGUGAGUCUGCAUUGUAAUGUGAAACUGAUGAUAUUGUGGCUUUUUGCGUGUGUCUUGCAAAUAAAAUUUAUAAUGAAACAUG